AGAAAAAACUGAUGCAGCAAUCAUUGUACCUAAUGCUUUAACGCGUACACUUUACCAACUUUUUCGAGAAAAGAAUGUGGCGGUGCAUUAGAGCAAGAAUUAUUUUAACCAAAAAAAAAAAACUCAAUCUUGAAAUCAUCUUCCAUUCUAAGAUCACACCCUUUUCAGUUCAUCUUGUAAAAAAAUUCAAGAAUUUCCCAAAUCAAGAAUUGCUUCUCAUUUGUUUAAGUAAUGGAUCUGCCACCAGAGGAGCUUCAAUUCUUGACUAUACCUGAUAUUUUCAAAGAAUCAAUCUCCAUACCCAAAAGAUCCCCAAAAACUUUCUACCUCAUUACCCUUACAAUAGUAUUCCCUUUGUCUUUUGCAAUCUUGGCUCAUUCUUUGUUCACUCACCCCAUCAUUACUCAGCUUCAAGAAAACCCCAAUUCAUCUCAUGCCUCACAAUGGACAAAGCUCAUUGUUUUCCAGUUCUGUUACCUGCUUUUCUUGUUUGGUUUCUCUUUGCUUUCAACUGCUGCUGUUGUUUUCACUGUGGCAUCAAUUUACACCUCAAAGCCUGUGUCUUUUUCCUCCACCUUAGCUGCUAUUCCCAGUGUUUUCAAGAGGCUUUUUAUUACUUUCAUUUGGGUUUCUCUUUCUAUGUUGGCUUAUAACACUGUUUUCUUGAUUUUUCUUGUGCUUUUGAUUGUGGCAGCAGAUACCCAGAAUGUGGUUUUGUUCCUCUUUUCAUUCUUGGUUGUGUUUGUGCUCUUCCUUGUAGUGCAUGUUUACAUCAGUGCAUUAUGGCAUUUGGCUAGUGUGGUGUCUGUUCUUGAACCUGUUUAUGGUAUAGGAGCUAUGAAGAAGAGUUAUGAGUUGUUGAAAGGGAGGACAGGGAUGGCAUUUUUCCUUGUUUUCGGGUACUUGUCGAUUUGUGGGGUGAUUAAUGGGUUUUUUGGGUCAAUUGUAGUGCAUGGAGGUGAAAGUUAUGGUGUGUUUUCAAGAAUUGUGGUUGGUGGAUUCUUGGUUGGAGUAUUGGUGAUUGUGAAUCUUGUGGGGCUUUUGGUACAAAGUGUGUUUUACUAUGUUUGCAAGAGUUAUCAUCAUCAGGGGAUAGACAAGACUGCUCUGUAUGAUCAUCUUGGUGGAUACCUUGGGGAGUAUGUGCCGUUGAAAAGCAGUGUUCAGAUGGAGAACUUGGAAAUGGGUGCCUUGGCACCAUGAUGGUGAGAAUGGUUCUCACAAUUGCUUUGAGGCUGCAUAGAUGUUUCUCUUUGCAGUUCCUUUGGGUGUGCCUUUCUUAACACUUAGCCACCCUUGGGCUUUGCAAGUUAUUUCGGUUAACUGCAGUUGGUUUGCACUGCUAAGUAGUCCAAGUCUGAUGAGGAACAUGAUACUGCUACAAUCCCACAUGGCUUGUUAAAUAUAUGCCUUAAUCAUUUAUCUUGGGCUGCUAAUUGUAACUUCUAGACAUGCAAGUUCUCGCAGUUGGUCUUAUGGUGAAGUGCUAGCUGAGUAGACUGUUUGGAAUGCAUAUUUUGCUGGUCAAUUAAGGAUGCCACAAUUGGAGCUACUUUUCUUUUGGUGACCCUAAUGUGUAUUCAUGAUUAGAUGUUUGACAUUUCACUUACAGACAUUGAUUGUUGAUACAACAAAUAGAGAAAAGACAAAGGUGGCAGGACAGUAA